ACGGGUAUUUAAAUGUGGUAAAAAUUUUUCAAACAUUGGUUUGUUUGCUUCACUUCACGAUAAUCUUGCUCAGGGUAUUGUGUUACGUUCCGCAAUUCCAGUAACGCCACCAGUUACACCUGUACAGCAGAAGCGUAAAAAUCUUAUGUAUCAUAUACCAUCAAGUUCAUCAUAUCUUCUGGAAGCACUUGCCUUAAGCAUACCAUCAAAAGCACUGCCGCUAUCAUUAACAUCAAAACAAUUGGUUCGAUUUCGUAGUAUGCAUAAUUUGCAUCAUGAUUUAUUGGCAACAACAGCAGCAACAUUUUACUCACUGGAGCAAUUGAAAAAUAAUUUAGCAAAAACUAAUUGUAAAAGGUAA